AUGCUGCCCAUCGACUCAACGCUCGCUGCCAGCUCCACCAAAGCGUCGCAUAGCUCACCACCUUACACACUACGCUGUCGGCCAUCGCGCAGCGCCACCAGCGAGCAGCAUGUCACCAAUAAUCUCGUGUUGAUCACGCAGCAACUACAGCAGCAGGACAACAAGGCUGGCGGACGCGCUUCGGAUGACGGCACCAAAGUCACCACAACGUCUGUGAAUAUACACACUUGCAAUAGCAACUACACCAACCACAGUGCAACAGGAGUGACAACAGUGAGCGCCAACAGCAAUGACAAUCCAGGUGCUGGUGGCGGCGGCGGUGUUUGCAGCAGCAGCCAUGCAGCAAAUAGUUUUCGCAACAAAAUACCAUCGAUCUCGAUUAUUCCAUUGCCGGUUAGCAGCGUCGCCAGCUGUAGCAGCGGUACAAGCACAAGCACAAGUGUAGUGCGCACAGUGACCACCUCGAAUAAGGCCACUUCGCCGCCACCAAUCUUCAACUCACCACCAAGAAGCAAUAGCGGCAGCACCGGUGCUAAUUUGCAGUCUCAACGUCCACUACUGCAACACCAAUACCAGCAGACAGAUAAGUGCACCAUAUUAAAAUUUGAUGUACUACGCAAACCAUCGGCGACCACAACCGCAACCGGUGAUCUUUUGUCGCGCAAUAUCAUCACAACAGCGCCAAAAACGCAUAGUACGGCAGCAGCCGCCACUGCUACCGUCACAAAUGCUGUGACCUUUGCCACGAGUGCCGAACGUCGUCAACAACACUUGCAGGCUUUGCAGCAAUCUAUCUUCGAUCAGGAGAUGUCCGACGAUGCGGAAGCCGAUGCGGAAAUAGCAGCACUACAUCAACAGGUGCUCGGUGGCAAUAACAACAUCACGGCGGGUAGCCAGCCAAUUAUCGUAAAGAUCGAACCGGCGCAAUCGUUUCACAUCGUCGAUGAAUCGGAUACGCGUGUGCUCAGUUUACCGCUGUCUGAUGCGGAUAAGGUGGGCGCCAGUUGGAUUGAUCUGAAGGAUAUUGCUGGGCUGCAAACCACCUCCGCUACACUGGUAGAUGUGUGCUUCGAAUCGCCGCCAGCAUUGUUACCCGUUAGCGCCAAUACGUCCACUUCGACAACCGAAGCAAUGGUGCAGACGGCGGUAGACACAAACGGUGUUAGCCAUGCACCAGCGGCGAAGAAGCGUCAGUUGGUUGUUAAAGUAGAGCAACCGGUUGCGGCGGCAACCGUUAUUGAGACUGUAAUGACACCCACGACGGCUGUAACUGCAGCUGUUACAGCCACAGCGCCCACAGCGUCUGCAACGGCUACUGUGACGCGGCUGAAUGUUAAUGAACGUAGUGUGCAGCAGCAACAACAGCAACAACCACAGCAAUUGCAGCAACAACAAUUUCAGAAUAAAGGAACCACCACAACUACGGGAACUGGAAUAACACCGUCCUCCUCGACGGGACUGAAUGCUGGAGGAGCAAUGACAGCUCAAAUUGAAAUAAUUCCAUGCAAAGUUUGUGGUGACAAGUCAUCUGGCGUACACUAUGGCGUUAUAACUUGUGAAGGCUGUAAAGGUUUUUUUCGCCGAUCACAAAGUUCAGUGGUGAAUUAUCAAUGCCCUCGCAAUAAACAAUGUGUUGUCGACCGUGUUAAUCGUAAUCGGUGCCAAUACUGUAGACUGCAAAAGUGCCUAAAAUUGGGAAUGAGUCGUGAUGCUGUAAAAUUCGGUAGGAUGUCGAAGAAACAGCGUGAGAAAGUGGAAGAAGAGGUGAAGUUUCAUAAGGCGCAGCUGCAAGCACAUAGUGACGCGGCGCCGGAUAGUUCAGUUUUUGAUACGCAAACACCAUCGAGUAGCGAUCAACUGCAUCAUAAUUACAAUGGCUAUGGCUACUCAAGCAAUGAAGUGAGCUAUGGCAGUCCCUACGGCUACUCGACAUCGGUGACACCGCAACAGACGAUGGCCUACGAUAUAUCAGCGGAUUACGUCGACAGCACCACGUACGAGCCGCGUGGCACGAUAAUGGAUCCGGACUUCGUCAGUCAUGCUGAUGGCGACAUCAAUGAUGUUCUUAUAAAAACCUUAGCCGAGGCACAUGCAAACACAAGCACCAAACUCGAAGCCGUACACGAUAUGUUUCGGAAGUCUCAGGAUAUUUCGAGGAUACUUUACUACAAGAAUCUGGGUCAAGAGGAGCUGUGGCUAGACUGCGCUGAAAAGCUAACACAAAUGAUACAAAAUAUAAUCGAAUUUGCGAAACUGAUACCCGGAUUUAUGCGAUUAAGUCAGGAUGAUCAGAUUCUGCUACUGAAAACUGGAUCAUUCGAAUUGGCCAUCGUGCGUAUGUCACGAUUGCUCGAUCUCUCACAGAAUGCGGUACUUUAUGGUGACGUAAUGCUGCCGCAGGAAGCAUUCUACACAUCCGAUUCGGACGAGAUGCGUCUGGUAUCGCGAAUCUUUCAAACGGCUAAAUCGAUAGCUGAACUGAAACUGACUGAAACAGAGUUGGCGCUGUAUCAAAGUUUAGUGCUGCUCUGGCCAGAGCGAAAUGGGGUGCGCGGUAAUACAGAAAUCCAGAGGCUUUUCAAUUUAAGCAUGAAUGCAAUAAGACAGGAGCUUGAAGCGAACCAUGCGCCCUUAAAGGGCGAUGUGACUGUUUUAGAUACAUUGUUAAACAAUAUACCGAAUUUCCGCGAUAUCUCCAUUAUGCAUAUGGAAGCACUGAGCAAAUUUAAGCAACAACAUCCGAAUGUCGUCUUUCCGGCGUUAUACAAAGAACUGUUUUCAAUAGAUUCGCCGCAGGAUCUCACAUAACAUCAAGAAAAUUAUGUGGAGACUACCAACGCAAUCGAUGCGCCGGACACGUUGGAUGCGUUGACGUAGAAAAGAAACAGAGCUACUAGAUACGGAGAUGGAGCACGAGAGCGAGAGCGAGGACGAGGGCGAAAUGGCAAGUAACGCAUUCAAUGCAUGCAACUGGUUGCUGCUGCAAUAACUUUUUGUUGUGCAUGCGCGUGCGCGCGAUUAAUAGCUGUGUGAAAACAACAACAACAACUAUACAUUUAACCAACCAACAGCAACAUGAGCAAUACCCCCAAACAGCAACAAUGUAUGUACAUGCAGAAGAUCCUAGAGCAGCCAGUCAAAUAACCAGGAAGCGUCCGAAGUUUUUUUUCGGGAUUUAUGUAGAGAAACAGCAAACCAUUUAUUCUCAUUUCAUUCACUGUUAUGGAAAAAUACAGAAGCAAAAACAAACAACAAAACAAAAAAGUGCUAGACAUGCAGAAAAAUAGUAAAUCAUUUAUAAAAUUAAUUUCAAGCCACAUAAAAGAGAAUAACAAAAAAAAAAAAAACGAAAACAAAAACAAAAAAUAAGCAGCAAAUUAUGUUUAAGGAUAUUUAUACAGAAUUUAAAUAGAAACAAAAAAAUUAUAUAUAUAGACAAACCAAACCAGAACCAAACCGAAUGCACACACACACACACACUUAUACAUAUAAACACAUCAGCAAAAAAA